UCCACCCACACACUCCCUCGCCGGUUACGAUGCGCCGAGCAUCACCGCGGCCAGUCGCCUCAUGCCCCUGAUUCACCUGCAGAGGCUCGCACUGCGUCCUGUAGCUCGAGCUCCCGCGGCGCAAUGGCUUGCCUUUCGGCGCCUGCACGGUAGCCACAGCUGCCGCCUGCAGGCUUCGCAGCGAGCACAGCAGACCCAGCAGCGGCUCUUUGACGCCCUUUUUCCAAACCAGCCCAAGAAUCCCUCGAAGCAGCCUCGCUCCUCCAAAGCAGACCCUACCGCAAGCGACAAUUCAGCACCAACACGCCCGGCACCACGAUGGGCUUCGCAAAUCUCGGACGAGCUCCCACCACUCGCCCCCUCCGAGGAGCUUCGCAAGCUGUCGGAACUGCCCGAGCCCGACGACGAUGAUGCCGACUUUCUAGACGGCACCCAGUCGGGCCCCCGCCAGGCCAGCCGCAGAAACAACAGCGACACGGCGGCCCUGCGUGCAACGACGAUGCUGAUCCUCAAUGCGGCAAGCAAGCAGCUCGUCGAGAGCGACUUUAUGCGCAUCGGCGCCAAGGGCAAGCACCUCCCCGGCUGGGUCAACGGCAUCGUCAAGGUGAUCCAGGGCCGCGACCACGCCACGCUCGAGCCGCUGGGCCACUACUUCAUCUUGUUUGACCGGCACGAGGCCGCGGUCGCGUACAGCGAGGAGGUCCAGCGCCUGCGCGACCUGGCGAGGAAGUACACGCCGGGAGCCUCGCACGGGCUGAAGCACGCCCAGCGCCGCCACAGCCUUCCGCAGGGCCUGCCCACAGACACCGGAGAGGACGUGGCCACGCUGAUCAAGUCUUUCACGCUGGUUUCCCCUUCGCACCGCCCCCGCCUGCAGAUAUCGCGCCUCUCACGAGAUCGCAUCGGCGAGCUUGAUCGCGGCGGCCCGCUGGUGGAUGACAUCUCGGCGGCCGUCGGCGGGUUCCGCCAUCUCGUCAUGGUCCACGUGGCCGAUGGCGGGAGGAUGUCGGUCGACGCGUUGCAGCAAGCAAUCCGGGCUGACGGCAUCGAGCGGAAUCUGCCUUGGCGUGUGGUCAGCCUGAACACGGGGAUCAUCCCAUUCGGCAAAAGCGUGCUGAAGCCGCGCGAUGACACUCCACCCCAUAGAAACGACACGGCCAGCCAGCACACAGCUUCCACGCCCAACAGCCCACCUGACGAGUCUGAAAAGGUGCCCGACGGCGAUGGGGAGGACAUCACAGACCACACCCACGAGGACAACGACAACGACACCAUCUUCAUCAACAACAACAGCCCCACUGACUCUAAUGACCCCUACCCCUCCACCACCACCACCAACAACAACAACAGAGAAAGGCAAUAUCCGCGCUUCCUCGUGGCUUUCGCAGACGACGCGGAAGCAAGACGCUUCGUCCGCCACUGGCACCGGCGCGAGCUCACCCCUCUACUCGCCAACCCCGCGGCCUCGGCCGCAAACGGCCCGGGCCUGCCCCCUCAGAAGCGCAGCGCGCCUGCUCUGUGGGAGCACGCGCGGAUUGUGAAUGUCAGUCUGCUGUGGUGAUUUUGAAGCCCUUUAGCCAAGAAAACCGUGGGGAAAGUUGGCUCGUGGAGGGUAACGGAUGGGGAGCCCAGCAAGGCUAGGAGUCGCGGUUCGUAAGCACAUGAUGGCCAAGGGGGGGGGGGGGGGAGGACCCUGAACUCCAUCGAAAAAAAAAAA